GUCAAAGAAAAAUAAUAAUCAUGACCUAUAUAAAUGUCCUUUCAUUAUCAUUUUGACUAACAGAAUUAAGUUCCAUUAAUUCACAAGAACAUGAAGAAAAAAAUUGUGAUUGAUCUUCCUAUCAACACUGAUAAAUGUAGAUCUAAAGCUAUGCAAAUUGCUGUUGGAAGUCCAGGGGUGAUAUCAGUGAAUAUAGAUAAGGAAAAAGGUCAUUUGGUGGUAAUAGGAAUUGGUGUCGAUUUCUUUAGGUUGAUGCAUUGCAUAAGAAGGAAAUUCAAGUGUUCUCGAAUUGUGAGUGUUGAAGAAGUAAAACAAGAAGAAAAAAAGCCUGAACCCCCUAAACCUAAGGAUCCUUGUACUUGUACUUGUACUUGUCCUUCAACAUGUAAUCCAUGUGUACAAUACUAUCCAAUAUGUCAACCCGUUUAUGACACUUACGAUAAUUCAAAUUGCUCUAUUAUGUGAUAUAUUGGGCAUAGAUCGAACUAGAGAGAAAGCUACGAAUUUUAUAAUAAGAUUUUAGUAAUUAUAUUUAUUUAAAAAUUUAGUUUUUAGAAUUAAAAUUCUCUAUCUUCAAUAUGUUGUUUUGGUCUGUUUAUUAAUUUUCUUUUUAUUAAUUCUUGAUUUCAUGAUAUGUAAUGCACAAUUUUCAAUUGUAUUUAUAUAUAGAGAGAG